UCUGAUCUCUGUCUGCCUCUGACUCGUCCUAUUGUUCAUCCUGUGCUGUGGGCACUGGAAAGAAACCAUCCUUUCCAGAAUGAAUCUCUUCUGCUUCUCUCUGGAGGGCUCUACGGACAGCCUGUAUGAGGCCGUGCAGGAGUCCUGUGAGGCUCAGGUGUACACCAUCCCGAGCAGGUCCUGCAGCCCAGCUGUUCUCUCAGAUGACGCCACCAAAUGGAGAAGUGCGGGGCGUUCCAUCUCCAUGGAAAUUUCACAAACCAACUCAGACAACACAAGAAAAAAGAAACAAAGUUCACUACCAAAAUCUGUUUCUGAAAAUGAAGCUUUAGAUAAUACCGUCUGCACUAAUUCUGCCUGGCCUGUUGCCAAAAUGCAGGAAGAUUUAGUCCUCCUGAGGAACAAUCAGAAUGAAGAUAUGGUGAGAGCUAUAAGAAGGGCCGAAAGCCAGACAAUGGCAGACAGAAAGACAAUUUCAAGAAACAUACACCAGAUUGUCUAUUAUGAGGGGUGUAAUCUAAACCAAGAUCGGCUAAGCAGCAGACAGAAUGGCAUGCCUGAAACAGGAAUUGCAGAGAUGACACAGCUAAGAGGGACAAGGAUGAAAAAAGUAGAGAGGAAAAGUAGUAAAGGAGGAACUCCAACACAAGAGACAACAGCUCACAUCAGAGGUGCCAAAGGAAUGAUGUGUGACACUGGGCCACAGUCAGAUAAUCGAGAGAAUUUGUGUACCUCUGCUGUGGGGUCAAGGGUCACAGAGACAGCACCUGCCAGACAUCGCUGGAGUAACCCCACUGAAACAGCCUUAAACUGGGUACCAGCCUACAACACCCGUCUACCUCCCUGCAAUGAAUAUCGAGUGCACAUCUGUGACUGCACUACAUCCAGAAUCCAAGGUCAAGGAGAUAAAAUCAAUGUUCAAAACACAAAGAAAGACUCCUUGCCCAAAGGAGUGUUGCGUUCCAGCACCAGUGUAGAUUUCUGUGCCUCCAAUCGAUCCACCAGUUUUGGAAGAUUUGACACAUUCAGAAAUCAACACUCCCCUUCCAAACUUGAGGAAAAUGGAGCACCUGAGCCUAUUUAACCUAUAAUUGUCUAACUGACCACUGGGUGGAGUUUUUAUAUAGCAGAAAACUGUGAGAAACCGGGAAGUCUGGGGAAAAAGAUGAAAGCCAUCUCGAUGACUAUGCGUAAAAGGAUGGCCAAGAAACACGUCAAAUCCUUCUCUGAGGACAUGGGUGAUGACACUGAGGGAGAAACAGAGAAUGGGUCUCCAGCAGAGAAGAGCUCAGACCACACCAGCAACUCAUUAGAAAGCCUCUACAGUGGACAGAGCUUGUCCAGCUCAGGUGGUGUUGCUAGCAGUUCAGAUGUAUCCAGUAACAGAGACAGCCUGAAACUGGAGGAGGAAGUGCCCUACACGGGGCAGUUCUGCGGGCGAGCCAAAGUACAUACAGACUUUGUCCCUAGUCCAUAUGAUACAGACUCCCUCAAACUGAAGGUGGGAGACAUCAUCAACAUCAUAAGUAAACCACCUAUGGGCAUAUGGACAGGAAUGCUUAAUAAUAAAGUGGGAAAUUUCAAGUUUAUUUAUGUGGAUGUUCUGCCUGAGAAAGAGAAGGAAGAAGAAGAGGAGACUCCAAAAAUAAGACCUGUGAAAGUAUGCAAGAAGCCACGACCAAAUACACUCCUGGAGUUAUUAGAAAGACUUCAUUUAGAGGAAUAUGCAUCUUCAUUACUCCUCAAUGGCUACCAGACAGUAGAUGAUCUCAAACAUCUGAAAGAGAGGCAUUUGAUUGAGCUGAAUGUGACUGAUCCAGAGCACAGACGCAAGUUGCUUGCUGCAUCAGACUGCCUCUAUGUCACAAGCAAAGACGAAGAGGGAGAGAUGAAGGGCGAUGAAGACGAAGAUAAUGACUGUCCCAGAGACUCGGGUUGUUUUAUCCCUGCAGAGUGUCCUGACAGCUGAGCGUUAUCUAAUGUCUCUCUCCUGGUAUAAUUUAAUGUUAAAGCUACAAACAGACACAGUUUAACUCUGUUAAUAUAUUUUCUUUUGUCACAAUGUGUGUUCGUCUUUCAUUUGAAUGUACUUGUGUUUUGUAUUUACACAUUUUUUGUUCAGCUUUGUGUUAAAGUAACCUAAUAACCUAUUUCUGUUAAUGUAGAUGUUAUGUGAAAUUCCAUGGCAACAUACUUAUGUGUGAGGAAUUUUACAGCUUUGUUUAUCAAAACAAAGCUUACAAAUGUUUAUCAUAACUGAAAUGUAUAUAAUGUUAUUAAAAAUAAAUUAUUUAUUCUGCAGUUUUCUUUUCUUCCUCAUUUUGCUGUGUUUGAACACAUUGCUACUGCUGCUAAAAUUCAUAUUAUUAACUUUCCAUUUGUUUCUCAAAAUAACUAUUUGGUUUGGGUGGGCGUUUGGUGGGAUGAGGUUCCAGAUGACUAGUC